AUAUCUGGGUUCGCCAUAUCUGGCAUAUUAUUAGCCGUAUUAGUGAUAUUCGUGGCGAUCGUACUGAUAGUGUUUCGACAACACUCUAAGCGCGUAAAACGGGAAUUGCGGGAAACCCGGAACGAGAUCGAGGAGACUCACCGUAAGCGAUUUUCCGAAGAGUUUUACCAGGAUGUGGACAACAUGUACGAUGAUGGUGGCGCCGAUGACUUUGGUAAGGCCCGUAAGUCUAUGGCCUACGAGUCUGUUGGUGAUGACUAUGAAACUUUUGCCAACGACCCGACUGGUCAGCCCCACCCCGCGCCCCGGUACCUGAUGGGCGGUCCUAGUGUGACGCAACCCAAGCAUAGGGCGCCCCAAGAGCCCGAAGACGCACCGGUAACGGGUCGGUGCUCUCGGCCCGGUCUGCCCCCUAAGGCAGAGCUUCAUCUAAGGCCACAAGGAAUGGGUCGCUUCAAUAACAAGGAGAAAGUGAUGGUUAAAUGCAAAAGCGAUGAGUUUCCGCAGCAUAAACAAGAACUUGAAUGCGUAAAUGGCCGGUGGGUGGGCGAGUCAGCACGUUGUGGCGAGCACAUAGACGCACAGGUGGUGCAUCUGGAUGUUUACGACUGUCAAUCGCCUGGCAAUCGGAUAUUACUGUUGCAGCCAAUAAACGCCUCGUGGGACACACCACCCGACAUACCCCUACGGGCCAACUCAUUUCACAUUCAACGGCUGCCCAACGAAAUCCCGGCGUCGGUCAAUGGGAGCACAUGUUAUAAAUGGGACAUCAGGUUAGACCGUAAAGUGGCCGUUGGUUUCCUACUGAUAGACAUGUGGUACCCGGCGCUAAACGAAUCGGUCCCUAUCCCACCCACAAUUACGCCCGUAGUGAGCCGGUACAGGUCGUGUAACCUGCAAAAUAAGCAAGUUCACUUUAUGAAAAGCGAUGUAGUGGUAGGUUAUUAUUAUUACUGUGAUCUGCACUCGGAGGCCGACGCCCGGGCCGAACAGCCCGACCUGUCGGACACUAUUACCCUACGCGUGAACACCUCUACUAAACACGAGAUAGGUCUGGAGGCGGUGUUUUUGGGUGGGGUGUUUACUAAAAGUGUAGGUGGUGGUGGUAAAGUAGUGCGACCAGAUUGCGGUCAGUUUACUGUGAAAAAUAUAGGUGUCGAUAUUCAGGCAGAGGCCGGCCAUUCGUAUGUCAGUUGCAAUGAUUCGUAUGUAGAUAUUAGCGCCGAUAGACUAGCCAGUGGUAAAUUUAGCCGAAUUAGUGGUAACCCAAAGCAUAUAUUUAAAUGUAACGUUAAUGGUCAGUGGGAGGGCAGUUGGCCACUCUGUUUGCCCAAACUCUAUUGUAAUAAAGAAGAAAUAUACGAUUUGAUGGAUAGUUCAGUGAUCAUCGAAGAGAUUGGAAACGUGUAUUACAUGAAUGAUACGCAAUGGUACGCAAUAAAUGACAGUUGGGUACGCUACGCGUGCUACGGUUCAGACCAUGUUAUGGCGGGUGCGUCCGGUGUGGCCAUAUCAGGCAUAGUAUUGGGUGCGUUGGCAUUGUUGAUGGCGACCACGAAUCUGGUCAGGAAAUGCCGGUAUCGCUCAUUUAGGCCGAGUGGACAGAAUGGGAAUGAAAUGUUUAUAAAUUAUGUGCCGUUGCCGACAAUUACCAAGGUGGAACAGACAGCUCAUAGCGGCGCUGUGUCUACGCACCUGCGUAUGUCUAAAGGUUUGAAGUCUGUUACCGCCGGUCAAGCGCUUAAUAAGGAUUUUAUGGAGGAUAUGGAAAGGAAGGAUAACGCGUAUAGUGUAUUAAAGGAUGACCGCUCGUCUCCCGCUUACUGGCAGGCGCAAGAAUUGGCCGAUUUGAUGUCAAUCAACAUCAUAAAUGUUUUGCCGGACGGUGUCAAACUCAAACCCGAACUCGAACCGCCGUCAAACGCCAUUUGUAGUGUUGGACAUUACCCGCAAAAGUUACCCACUUUCCACGUGAUGUGGGACACGGGAGCUAAGGGUUUUAAUAUAUUUAUUGACUGCAAUAAAUAUGGAUUCCCGCAGCACCGACAGGAGCUAAAUUGCAUACACGGCCGAUGGGUUGGUCAAACACCACGUUGUGGCAAGCUCUUAGACGCAAAGGUGACACAUCUAAAUAUAUACAACUGCGAAUCGACUAACAGGGAGUUAAUAUCGCUGCCGGUAGAUAACGAACGUGAAUCCACACUGCGCGAAGAAGAACUUCCCUACACGUUUUUCUAUACACGUUUAACACGCGAUGCUCAUAUCUUUUACAAGGGUAGCACUUGUUACAAAUGGGAUUUUCGUUUUGAUCGUAAAGUGGCCGUUGCUUUUCUACUGAUAUUCGUUUGGUACGAUUCGGUAAAUUACACCGAUUAUACUAUUACGCCUGUAGUGAGCCCAUACAGGAACUGUCGGCUCCAGUAUGUAUACUAUGACAAUAAAGCGAUGGGUUAUAAAUAUUACUGCGAUCUCGAAAUGGUAUCCAACAAAUCACUGGCUGUUAAUGGCGGUCUAUCUGAUAAUAUUACGAUCUCCCGACGAUAUAAACGAGAAUUGUGUGAAACGCGUAAACGGAUUGAAGAAACACAACCUAAACGUUUAAGCCGUGAAUUAUAUGACGAUACUAUUGGUGUCGACGAUCCGGGAGCCGACAUCUAUGAUAGCGUCCAUAUCCAUGAGACGAUUGACUCUGACUACAGUGAGAUGACCGCUAAUAGGGAUGAAAAUCAUUCCUACCUUAGCGUCCGGUAUACUGUUGCUGAUCGGGAAAACGCCUAUUUAAAUAUGAAACCAAGUGGAUAA